CUGUUGGGAGCGCGCAUGCGGGUUACGCGGUCUGUGAGUGUCGGGAGCGCGCUCAGUCAGUUUGAAAAUUCCUGGCGGGAAGAGGCGGCGCUGCUGCUCAGUGUUGUACCGGGACCGUCUGCUCUCCUCCCCGGGAACCCCCAGGAGCCCACCAUGCAGGAGCCGAAUAGUUUCAGGACCCCCUGCAAGGUGCAGAAGCUGAAGUCCCCUCCAGGAGUUUUUACUCCGCCCCCUUUUGUGAUUCCGGCCUCACCGUUUAUGCAGAAAUUUGGGUACGGCACCGGCGUCAGCGUCUAUCUAAUGAAACGAUCCCCUCGGGGUGCCUCUCGCUCCCCCUGGGCUAUAAAGAAGAUAAGCAAGCAGUGUGACGCUUCCAGCCGUAACCUCUAUGAACAAAGACUCAAUGAAGAAGCCAAAGUGCUAAGGAACCUGCAGCACCCCAAUAUUGUAGGUUACCGGGCCUUCACCAAAUCCAAGGAUGGCAGCCUGUGUCUGGCUAUGGAGUAUGGGGGAGAGAAGUCUCUGAAUGAUCUGAUAGAGGAGCGGAACGAUAACGAGUUGGGGCCCUUCCCUGCGACUGACAUUCUAAAGGUGGCAGAGAACAUGGCAAGAGGCUUGAAGUAUCUGCACAACGAAAAAAGGAUUCUGCACGGGGACAUCAAGUCAUCUAAUGUCGUCGUAAAGGGCGACUUCGAAUCCGUCAAGAUCUGCGAUGUUGGGGUGUCGCUGCCUCUGGAUGAGAACAUGAUUGUGAGCGACCCAAAGGCCUAUUAUAUUGGCACAGAGUCGUGGAAGCCAAAGGAGGCCUUGGACGAAGGCGGAGUCAUAACGGACAAAUCUGACAUCUAUGCAUUCGGCCUGACCCUGUGGGAGAUGAUGAGCCUGUCCAUACCCCAUUUAAACCUGCCUCCUGAAGAUGACGAAGAAGACACAUUCGACGAAGAUGACUUUGACGAAGAUGCUUACUACGAGGCUUUGGGGACCCGGCCUCCCCUCAACAUGGAGGAACUUGACGAUUCCUACCAGAAGGUUAUUGAGCUCUUCUACAUGUGCGCCCACGAAGACCCAAAGCUGCGCCCCUCUGCUGCCAAAAUCAUCGAGGUUCUAGAGGCGGAAGAUAAGAAGAGCUAAACAUUUUUGUUUCUUAAAAUUGUUCCGUUAUACGUUCCGUCUGUCAUUUCAUUGAAACCCAAAAGUCUUCAUGAAGUAAAAACUAGUCACCCUCAGGUUUUUAUUAAAAAUGCAGAAAUUCAGCUUUUUUUUUUUUUACCAUUCUGCAAAUGGUACUGUCCGAGCUCGGAGAAAAAGCCAAGUGGAGACCGACCUGCGCCCGUGGCAGUUACUGCAGGUUCCAGUCCAUGACUAAAGCUUUGCCCACACACGUUAAGACCUUUUCAUUAUCGUAGGACCAAGUUUAUCCUGAAACGAUCGUUUAAAAGUACGAUUUGUCCAUCGUCGAAAACAGCCAUUUCAAACGAUAUCGUCUAGUUGAAGUGAGGACAACGAAAAUGUUCAAACCUGCCUGAUCGAUUUUUUUUUUUUGGCCGGAUGAUAAAUCGUUAGAUCUGCGAUUGUUGGAUGCUCACUAACCUUACUAUAUUUUGACGGAUGUCGGGUUGCACUGAAAUUGUUCGUUGGGGAGAGAAAAAUCUUAACGAUUAUGGGUGGGACACGAGGGGCUCGUACUGUAUGGAAAUGUGUCUACAAAAAUUCUUAUGUUCCUUCUUCAUUUCUCCUUACCUUGUGUUCCUGUUAUAUUUAUGUUUGUUUCCAUCUUUUCUUCUUUAUUUAAUGGAUUCUAUAUGAAAAUAAACCUGGGAGUUUUAUGCAGA